ACGGUGUUAUAAAUAUCCUUAACCGCAGAUAUUUUGUUACUAUUUGUAUGUGACUGGAUUUUCCUAUCUCAAGUCUUAAAUGGAUAAAAAUGGAAUAAGAUAGUUGAUAUUACACUUCGGUACGGAUUAAAAGCUUAUUAAAGAUGAAGAGACUUAAAGAACAAAAGCAGAAGGCAUGUGCUAUCAAAAGACAAAAGUCACAAACGGGUGACAGUAUGCAUGCGUCUGACAAUCUUCAACAAGACAGUCAGCUUGCAGCUGCCAAAAUACAACAAGACAGUCAGCUCGCUCUUGACAAUCUUCAACAAGACAGCGAGCUUGCUGUUGGCAAACUUCAACAAGGCCGUCUUGAAACUAAAAAGAAGGGGACACAAAGAGAAAACGGCAUUUCUCAGACAUUGUCGGUAGAAGAAUUGUUUCUAGAAACUGACGCUGAAAAGGUUGAACAAGAUACAAACGCCGACACAUGCGUCUGUACUCUACCUGACUCAUUCAAAAGCAAUAACACGGAAAGUACAAUGAAAUUACGAGCCGGCUUUGGGUUUACACCUGAAACUUUUCAGUAUAGAACAACCAAAGAAAGCAAACAGACUAAGAACACAAGUAGUUCAAAGAGACAGUGUAAUGGACAGUGUGUCCGGAAAAAUGUCGAUAGUAAGAAUAUAGGUAUAACUUCUAUAGACGGAAAUGCAUCAGCCGCUAGUAGUAGCCUAAUUAUGAAAGGUGUUUUAGACGUAAUUCCAGUCUCAAUAGAUGAUCAAGUAUCAUUACCUAAAGGUACAAACAAUGACAUAGAUACAAGUGACUCUAAAAGUGAAAGUCAGUUUGAUCGUAUACAAACAGAGAGACUUUUCAAAACGCAGAAACUAGGAACGCAACACAGCGUUGAAAUGGAUGUAAUAUACACUAAAGAUCCUCAAGAGGAGAUGCUUGAACACGCGCCGGAACAAGUACCUGAUGAUUACGUGGACAUGAGUCCCAGACAGCUGCCGACUCAGCACAAGACAAUAUACUUUUGUAUGAUACAUACUGGAAAACAGAAACCAGACCAGGAGUCAAAUAUUGUUAUCCCGCAUAAAAAUGCAGACAAACCCGAGGGUGAUGACUUCGGGGCAAAAUUGUGCACCUUCAUAGAAAAGAAACGAGAUGGAUCUGUCUACCAUAGACAUUUUCUGGUGCACGUGGUUCCUACUGAACCUGCCGGGCAAAUGAGAAUAGAGGACAAUGACGAACUGGUGCUUGUGAACGAUGUAUUUGUCCCAGUACUAAGGCAUAUAGAUGUUCUGAAUCUUUUUCAUCAUGUUCAGGUGGAUGGAAAAACAAGGCUUUUGCUGGUGGUACGCAGAGUGAAAACCAAGAAGAAGUGGAGUUGGAUAGAAACAAGUGCGAUACUUACCGCAGACAAAUCACCUGACGAAGGUCCAGUGGUCGAAUAUCCCGAGUAUAAGAGAUUUAAAGGGGAGAGGUAUGAAAUGCCGAAGAGCAAACAUAUCUACAAAGUACCCGGGACACAAAAAUAUAUGGACAUUUCUGAUAGAGGAAUAUAUGUUGAUAUACUCCAAAAUGACAGUCCGGACAAAACGAAGGUGAUAUGGAAACGUUGCAUUUACUGGCUAGUUGACAAUGAAGGGCAUAUAGAUUUUGCAGCGGCUCUCUCUGAUGAGACAAUGACGUGUUACAUUGGUAUAAAUCAAAGAACCAAAGACAUAAUUUUAAAGAACUCGCCGGAAUGGUUUAAGAUGAUAACUUCAGGAAGUUACAUUCGUUUCCAAUUCAAAGAUCAGUACCUCGGUUAUGACCGAGAGAGUGGACAGGUUAAAGCACAAACUAGCAAUUGUGUGUUUGAAGAACUGCCAGCUUCUGAACUGCAAGCCAGAGACACGUCGGAAUGUGUUCCAGAGAAUAUUUCAGAAACCACCUCUAGAUCUACUACCAAUAUGAUACAGGGUGGGAGUAAUGCAUCUAAUGAUGAUUGUAGCAAUUCUGAAACGUCUUUUUCUCAAUCAAGUGAAGAUUCAAUUUCCUCAUCACAAGAAAGUAAUACAUCGGAGAGAAAUGCCGUUCGAUUUAAUGACGGAGCAGACAGUAGCGGAUACAGUUCUUUAUCUUUAACUCCACUAGAUAGUUUAGAAACAAGUACGUCUGAGGAUUAUCCUGAUUCUUCUAGAAUUCAUAGCCAAUGUGGCUCAGAAAACAAUUUGAAAACACCAACUACUCCUUUGCAAUCCCUGUCUUUCACAGAAAAGACAAUGUUUACAGAAGGCAGUGAUUUCAUUGUUUAAAAUGCAUAAAACAAUACUAUACAAACCUUUCUAUCACAGAGGCGGUAAAUCUUUUACACUUUUAUAGUGAAUGUUAAUGUGACCAAUUGUUAUGUUUUUCAUAACUUAAAAGAUAAAAAACUUCAACUUCAUUGGUUAUAUUGUAAGAUUUUUAUUGAUCAGAAAAUAAAGUAGAUUGUCAUAUA